GACUAUGUCCCAAGAAUGUGAGGAUUGCCAAAAUACACAGUAGAUACUUUUCAGAAAAAAACAAUCCGUAUCAAGUAACUGUUGAGUCAUAAAACCCUUAAGUUAGUGUAAGCAGAUGUUGGUUACGGCUCACAUUCAUGGGAAGUAUAUAAUCACCACCCCUAUAACCACCCACUAUCCAUUUUUGCUUCAAGAACUUCCCCAAAAGCCUGUUUCUGAUUUUAUGGAAACCCUUUGAAAUUUGGCACAGUUUUCAAAAGUAUGCAGGGAAAAAAAGUCUGCCAGAGGUUUGGCCUCCAACUGUGAAAACAGACACUGCCUUUUCAAACUCCUCUCCUAGAUCCACUGACCAACACCCAGAAGAGCAAACUUACAUUCUUUUAGAAUACAGCAGGAAAAUGAAGACCCAGCUAAAAAUCAUAUCUGGUGUGGUUGUAUGCCUUUUGCUUUCCUUGUUACUAACGUGUAUUAUACUGCUUCCAUCAAGAGUUGUCAACACAGAUGAUCAUCCCAGAGCUCUUACAUUGGAGGAUUAUUUGAAUGGAAACUUCCAAUAUAAAACAUUUUUUCCAUACUGGGUGUCAGAUAAUGAAUAUCUUCAUCAGUCUGCAGAAGAUGAUAUUAUUCUUUACAAUGUUGAAAUGAACUACCCAACUACCAUCAUGACUAACAGCACAAUGAAACAAGUUAAUGCUUCUAAUUAUGUGUUGUCAUCAGACAAAUAUUUCAUAGCUCUGGAAAGCAAUUAUUCAAAGCUGUGGAGAUACUCUUAUACAGCAUCAUACCAUAUUUAUGAUCUCAUAUAUCGUGGUUUUGUAACAGAGAAUCAGCUUCCACGUGAAAUUCAGUAUAUAUCCUGGUCACCUGUUGGACACAAAUUGGUGUAUGUAUAUCAGAAUAAUAUCUAUUUGAAACAAAGUCCAAGAGAGGCACCAAUUAAAAUAACUAGUGAUGGAAAACAGAAUGAAAUAUUUAAUGGGAUUCCUGAUUGGGUCUAUGAAGAGGAAAUGCUAGCGACAAAAUACGCACUGUGGUGGUCUCCAAGUGGAAAAUAUUUAGCAUACGUACAAUUUAAUGAUUCUGACAUACCAGUUAUUGAAUAUUCGUAUUUUGGUGAGGACCAGUAUCCUAGAAAAAUAAUUAUCCCAUACCCAAAGGCUGGAGCUAAAAAUCCUACUGUUAAAGUGUUUAUUGUUGAUACUGUUAACGCUGAAGCGUUUGGUCCUAAGGAGGUGCCAGUUCCUGCAGUCAUAGCAUCCAGUGAUCACUAUUUUACUUGGCUUACUUGGGUAACAGAUAGUAGAAUCUGUGUGCAAUGGCUAAAGAGAAUCCAGAAUUUUUCAGUCUUGGCUAUAUGUGACUUCAAAGAAAAUUCAAAUACUUGGGACUGUCCAGAGAGUCAACAGCACAUAGAAGAGAGUCAAACAGGAUGGGCAGGCGGAUUCUUUGUUUCUACACCAUAUUUUACAUCAGACAGCAGUUCAUACUACAAAAUAUUUAGUGACAAAAAUGGUUACAAGCAUAUUCAUUACAUCAACGGCUCUGUGGAGAAUUCAAUCCAAAUUACAAGUGGAGAAUGGGAGGCAAUAUACAUUUUCAGAGUAACAAAUGAUGCAAUUUUCUAUUCAAGCAAUGAAUUUGAAGGCUAUCCAGGAAGAAGGAAUAUUUACAAAAUCAGUAUUGGAAGUAAGCCUAUUAGAAAACAAUGCAUUACUUGCAAUUUAAGGAAAGAGAGAUGUCAGUAUUAUACAGCAAGGUUCAGCGAACAUUCUAAGUAUUAUGCCUUGAUCUGUUAUGGUCCUGGGAUUCCCAUUUCUACUCUUUUCGAGAGCCAUGGUGAUAGAGAGCUCAGAGUAUUGGAAGACAAUUGGGAAUUGCAGUCUGCUUUGCAAGAGAUCAAACUGCCAAAAGAAGAAAUUAAUAAACUUGAAGUGGAUGGUAUAACUUUGUGGUACAAAAUGCUUCUACCCCCCCAGUUUGAUAGAUCCAAGAAGUACCCUCUGCUUAUUCAGGUGUACGGAGGACCCUGCAGUCAGAAUGUAAAGGAAACUUUUAGCAUUAGCUGGAUAACCUAUCUUGCAAGCAAAGAGGGAAUUAUUGUUGCUCUAGUGGAUGGCAGAGGGACAGCUUAUCAAGGUGACAAGAUUUUGCAUGCGGUAUAUCGAAGACUAGGAGUCUAUGAAGUUGAAGACCAAAUCUCAGCAGUGAAGAAAUUUAUAGAAAUGGGUUUUAUUGAUGAGAAACGAAUAGCAAUAUGGGGCUGGUCCUAUGGUGGAUACGUAACUUCUUUGGCACUUGGAUCUGGCAGUGGAGUAUUUAAAUGUGGAAUGGCUGUGGCUCCUGUUUCCAGCUGGGAAUAUUACGCAUCUAUCUACACAGAACGAUUUAUGGGUCUUCCUGUAGAGUCUGAUAAUCUUGAGCAUUACAAGAAUUCAACUGUGAUGGCAAGAGCAAAGAAUUUCCAAAACGUAGAGUAUCUUCUCAUCCAUGGAACAGCAGAUGAUAAUGUACAUUUUCAGAACUCAGCACAAAUCGCAAAAGCUCUGGUUAAUGCCCAGGUGGAUUUCCAGGCAAUGUGGUAUACUGACCAGAACCAUGGAAUUCCAGGCCUUUCCCGCAAACACCUCUACACACAUAUGACCCACUUCCUCAAACAGUGUUUUUCUAUGUCAGAAUAAGUAGGGUAUUCAGAGGGUGCUAAGGUAUCUGAUACAUCUCUGGGAGAACGCAAUGAUAACAGUGCCCAGGUUUUACAGUUUGCAGGUGAAUUGAUAACAGGAACUUUGAAGUUUUAAACUUGAUGUUUACAUCCACUUUUGACAUUGUAUAUUAGCAAAUGUUAUGCAAAUACAUGUUUUGGCACGUUUAACACCUGUUUGAUAAAAAAAAUAAAAUCAGAAUGUAA